CUUUAAAAGUGGACAUUAUAGUUUGAAGUUGCCUUUCAAAGAGAAAGAUCUUGCUAUGCCAAACAAUCUUAACGUUGCCAAACAACGUCUUCUUGGAACAAAGAGAAAACUUGAAAGAAACAUGAAAUUUCAGCAGGAAUAUACUGAUUUUAUGAAUGAUAUGAUGAGCCAAGGUUACGCUGAGAAAGUGCCAGAGCAUCAGUUGGAUCGAGAAGAUGGUAAAGUGUGGUACAUCCCACAUCAUGGUGUCUACCACCCUCGAAAAGGUAAAUUACGUGUAGUUUUUGACUGUGGAGCAGAGUACAGUGGAGCAUCUUUGAACAGUCAACUUCUACAAGGUCCUAAUCUAACCAACUCAUUAAUAGGAGUCCUUUUGAGGUUCAGACAAGAACCUAUUGCUUUCAUGACUGAUAUCAAAGCAAUGUUUUAUCAGGUCACAGUGGCAGAGGAAGACAGGGAUUUUCUACGCUUCCUAUGGUGGCCAGAUGGAGAUGUUACGCAGGAUGUUGCUGUCUUCAGAAUGACUGUUCAUUUAUUUGGAGCAGUUUCCUCUCCCAGUUGUGCAUGUUUCGCUUUAAGAAGAACUGCAAAGGACAAUCAACACUGCUUUAGUGAGGAAGUAAUUGACACUGUUUACAAGAACUUUUACAUGGAUGAUUGCCUCAAAAGCGUACCUACAGAACAAGAAGCAAUUCAAAUGAUUAAAGACCUGACCGCUCUUUGUCACAAAGGUGGUUUCCAUCUAACACAAUGGAUGAGUAACAGCAGAGAGGUCUUACAAUCUAUUACUGAACAAGACAGAUCCAAAAAUCUUAAUGAACUCAAUCUGGAUCGAGACCAGCUACCAGUAGAAAGAGCCUUAGGCCUCCAAUGGUGUGUGCAAACUGACACCUUUAAUUUCAAAACUGUUUGCAAAGAAAAAACUCCAACCAGACGUGGCAUUUUGUCUGUAGUUAGUUCAGUGUAUGAUCCUUUAGGAUAUCUUGCACCAUUGACACUUCCAGUCAAACUUAUCCUACAGGAGUUAUGCAGAACAAACCAUAACUGGGAUGAUGAGAUUCCUAAAGUUCUUGAGCAAAGAUGGACUAAAUGGAUUACUGACUUGGAUCAGUUAAACACUUUCAACGUUGACAGAUGUCUGAAACCAUCUAAUUUUGGAGAACUGAUUAGUGCCCAACUACACCAUUUUUCAGAUGCCAGCGGAAGUGGAUAUGGAUCUGUAACCUACUUAAGACUACAGAAUUGUAACAAUGAUGUGCAUGUCUCCUUUCUGCUUGGCAAAUCUAGGGUGGCACCCCUAAAAUCAGUCACUAUUCCUCGCUUGGAGUUGACUGCUGCAGUCCUAGCUGUUCAUAUUGAUAAAAUGCUCAGAAAACAACUUCAGCUUCAACUAGAAAACUCUUGUUUUUGGACUGACAGCACAUCUGUCCUAAAGUAUAUAAAAAAUGAAAACAAGAGAUUCCGUACCUUUGUUGCAAACAGGAUUUCUGCAAUCAGGGAAGCUUCAGAUGUGACACAAUGGAAGUAUAUUCAUACUUCACAAAACCCUGCAGACGUUGCAUCCAGAGGAUUGACUGUACAGCAACUUAUUACCAGCAAAAAAUGGUUAAAUGGACCAGAAUUUCUGAAAGAGCCAGUUUCAAUGUGGUCAAAAAACAACAUUGACUUAAACGUUGUUGACAAUGAUCCAGAGCUGAAGAAAGAGCUCUCAGCAAAUGCUGUAAAUUUUGAGGUCAUCAAUAAUGCAACCCAUAGGCUAAUCAAUUACUUUACAGAUUGGAAAAGACUUUAA